UGUAAUGUAGCUAGAAAAAUUUGCGAGGAAGAGGGUGGCUAUUUGGCCAUCGUUAAUUCUAUAGCCGAGGCCGACGUGCUUAAAAGUAUUUUUGAAAAGGUUAACCCUGCCGCUAUAACCAAUUCACCGGAGAGUGUCAGAUACGCAGCUAUCGGAUUUCAUGAUCUUUAUCAGGAGAAUGAAUUUAUCACUAUACACGGGGACAACCUGUACAAAGCCGGUUUCACGAAAUGGCUACCUGGGCAACCUGACGAUACUAUCGGUAAGGAGAAUUGCGGCUCGUUGCAUAUUAGCGGAAGACUCAAUGAUAUUAAUUGUCACACCCGAUUUCCAUUUUUUUGCGAAUUACGUUAGUAAUAUUAACAAAAAUUUGAGUUAUACAAUUACGACGAUCAAUUGUGCUUUAACGAUGUGACCUUUACUCGACGAAAAAUAUAAUAAUUUGAAAAUAUAGUUCAUGACUUUUUCUUUUUUUUUCUUUUUUUUUCUUUUUUUUUUUAACAAUACGAAAAUUAAGCGCGCGAACCCUGAAUACUCUAGCGGCGCUGCAGCCGAGGAUCGUUCAAUGUAUUCGCUUAUCGAUAACUUGGAAAUGGCUGGAUGGAUUUUAAUCUACAAGGUCUUAAAAUGUUAGGAAAAAAACUCGCUGCAUUUUCUUAUACCAACAGAAAAUGGCGUUCCAUUAAAAAAAAAAAAACAUGUAACGGGC